AUGCCGGUCAAGGUUCGCGCGUCAUCCCAAGCAUUGACGUGCAACAAUAGAAAGAGCUUGGGUAUUGCUUCGGUGCCGCAGCUUACGUGUCCAGUCCGGUCAGCUUUAGCCCGAGCACACACCACCUGGUCCAUGCCACAGGGCCACACUGUGAAGUGUGAACGCGCCUGGACGGCGUUGGGAUUGGAGAAGGAAGAUGUUGUGUCACUGUUGGGUGGCCCGCUUCUUCCGCUGCCAAGACCGGGCCUUGCCACGGAGCAUAUCGCCGGAUUCGGUAACAUGCUCCUGCUGAUUCGGAGCUCGCUCCUCGAGGAGUCUCAUCGAUCUUCACUACUAGAGGUCUUAACUGGUCCUCGUUAUCUCCUUCGAUUCCCCUCGACACGUUCCGAUUUUCGAGUCGCCUCUCCGUUGACCUCCGUUGAGUCACCUACAAACGGCCUCGCAAUGACUUCUCCUUUCGACUCGGCGGACUUCGCCCUUCCCGGCUCCGUUGCCUAUUCUCGCUCCCGUGGCCGGGCUAUCGCUGCUUCUAUCGGCGCCAAGGAUGUCCGCGGCCAAUGGGUUCACUACGUCCACACUUCAGAGCGUCUGCCCGAAUUCCAGCAAGACGUCCUCAAGCAGCUCCUCACCUACGGCGAUAUCACCGACAUCCCUCCCUCAUUCAGUGCUGAAGAUGGCGAAUUCGAUGUCUUCUACGUCUUUCCCCGAACCGGAACCAUCUCCCCGUGGAGCUCGCAAGCCACCGGUAUCUCCCACGUCUGCGGCUUGAAGAACUACGUGAAGCGCAUCGAGCGCGGUAUCAAGAUUUCCUGCCUGCGACCCGCGUCCGGAGAGUACAAAGAUGGUUUCAAGGACAUCCUCCACGACCGGAUGACCCAGUUGAUCAGCCAAGAGGAACCCGACUUGCACCUGAUGUUCUCCGAGCACAGCCCUCUCCCCCUCGAGACGGUCCCGCUCAGCGGUAGUGACAAGUCGCCCAAGGAAGUCCUGCAGGAGGCAAACAAGCGAAUGGGUCUAGCGUUGGAAGAAUCUGAGAUCGACUACCUCGCCGCUGCCUACGGUCCCGACGGCCCGCUCGCUCGUGACCCGACCGAUGUUGAGCUUUUCAUGUUUGCUCAGGUCAACUCGGAACACUGCCGUCACAAGCAGUUCAACGCCUCCUGGACAAUCGACGGGAUGGAGAUGCCAAACAGCCUCUUCUCCAUGAUCCGGAACACCCACAGGAAAAACCCCGAAUUCACCGUGAGCGCGUACAGCGACAACGCCGCCGUGCUGCAGGGAUUCGACUCCUCUUUCUGGGCCCCCGACACUACCACCGGAGAGUGGAACCACACCAAGGAACUCGUCCACUUCCUUGCCAAGGUGGAGACUCACAACCACCCCACUGCGGUCUCGCCCUACCCUGGUGCUGCUACCGGAUCUGGAGGUGAGAUCCGUGACGAAGGUGCCGUCGGACGCGGUUCCAAGCCCAAGGCCGGUCUUGCUGGUUACUGUGUGUCCGACCUCAACAUCCCUGGCUUGAAACAGCCCUGGGAGUUGGAUGUUGGCAAGCCUAACCACAUCGCCAGUCCCCUCGACAUCAUGCUGGAAGCCCCAAUUGGAAGUGCCGCUUUCAACAACGAGUUUGGUCGGCCCUGUAUCACCGGUUACUUUCGUACUCUGACGACUGAAAUUGACGUCGGUAACGGAGAGAAGGAGAUCCGUGGUUACCACAAGCCGAUCAUGCUUGCUGGUGGUGUUGGUACGGUCAGACCUCAGCAUGCCAUCAAGAAGCCAGAUGUCGUCAAGCCUGGCUCCUACCUUGUUGUGCUGGGUGGCCCCGCUAUGCUCAUUGGUCUUGGUGGUGGUGCGGCUUCCAGUAUCGACUCCGGUGAAGGCUCCGUCGACCUCGACUUUGCGAGUGUCCAGAGAGGCAACGCUGAGGUGCAGCGCAGAGCACAGGAAGUUAUCAAUGCCUGCACAGCCAUGGGCGAUAACAACCCCAUCAAGUUCAUCCACGAUGUCGGAGCUGGCGGUCUCUCCAACGCCUUACCCGAGCUGAUCCACGAUUCCGGCCUGGGCGCCAAGUUCGAGCUGCGCGAAAUCGACAGCGCGGACCGAAGCAUGAGCCCCAUGCAAAUCUGGUGCUGCGAGGCUCAGGAGCGAUAUGUCAUGGCCGUUGGUGAAGAGAGCAUGAACAAGUUUACCGCUAUCUGCCACCGUGAGCGCUGCGGUUUCUCCGUCGUUGGCCGCGGAGAGGGUGGCUCGGAAGAGGACAAGAAGCUGAUUCUCAUGGACCGCGAGUCUCAAGAACACCCGACCCCCAUCGACCUUCCCCUCUCUGUGCUUUUCGGCAAGCCCCCACGAAUGACUCGCACUGUGGAUUCCAGGAAACUGAAGCUUCCUGCUGUCGACACCAGCCUUACCACCUACCUUCCCUCGCUUGCGCCUAAUCGCGCGGAGCUGAUCGGUGAAGCUGCCAACCGUGUCCUGUCCCUCCCUGCUGUUGGCUCCAAGUCUUUCCUCAUCACCAUUGGCGACCGUACUGUUGGUGGUCUCACUGCCCGUGACCAGAUGGUUGGCCGAUGGCAGACUCCCGUUGCCGACGUUGCCGUCACUGCCACUGCUCUUGCUCAGGGCGUAAAGACUGGUGAGGCCAUGGCAAUGGGUGAGAAGCCCACGCUUGCCCUUAUCUCUCCUGGCGCCUCUGCUCGCAUGGCCGUUGCUGAGUCGCUCAUGAACAUCGCCGCCGCCGACCUCGUCGACCGUUUGAGCCGCGUCAAGCUCUCCGCGAACUGGAUGUCCGCCAGUAGCCACCCUGGAGAGGGUGCUGCUCUCUACGAGGCUGUGGAGGCCAUCGGUAUGCAGCUCUGCCCUCAACUUGGUAUCAGCAUCCCCGUCGGCAAGGAUUCCAUGUCCAUGAAGAUGAAGUGGAAGGACGAGUCCGGUGCCAAGGAGGUCACCGCGCCCAUGUCACUGGUGAUCUCCGCGUUUGCUCCAGUCGAGAACUACCGCAAGACCUGGACUCCUGCUCUUCGCCACCCCGAAGACGUUGGCGACACCGUGCUCAUGUUCGUCGACCUUUCUCUCGGACGCAAGGCUAUGGGCGGUUCCGCUCUUGCCCAGGUCUUCAACCAGGUCGGCGCUGAAUGCCCUGACCUCCGCAACGUCGAGCUUUUCAAGGACUUCUUCGACGCCACGCAACAGCUCCAGGAGGCAGGCAUUGUCCUGGCUUACCACGACCGUUCCGACGGUGGUCUCUUCACCACCCUCGCUGAGAUGAUGUUCGCUGGCCGCUGCGGUGUUGAGAUCCUGCUUGACACCAUCUGCUCCAGCCUCGACACCAGCAGCUUCGUCGAGACCCUCUUCAACGAAGAGCUUGGAGCCGUCUUCCAGGUCCGCAAGGAGCACGAGAUGCAGUUCCGCUCCUGCUUCGCUACCUGUGGUCCUCCCGCCGGCCUGAUCCACAAGAUCGGUCGCGUCUCCGAGCGACCCAAGCAGAACCUCGCCAUCUACUACAAGGCCAGCCAAGUCUACCGCAACAGCCGCGCCAACCUCCAGCAAACCUGGACCGCCACCUCCUACCAUAUGCAGAAGAUCCGCGACACCGCCGCCUGCGCCGACCAAGAAUACGCCAACAUCCUCGACGACGCCGACCCCGGUCUCUCCUGGAACCCCACCUUCGAUCCCAAGGACCGCGCCCUCCCCUUCCUCACAAGCCUAACCUCCAUGUCCCCCUUCGCCAACAAGCCCCGCGUCGCCAUCCUCCGCGAACAGGGCGUCAACUCCCAAGCGGAAAUGGCCUUCGCCUUCAACACCGCCGGCUUCGCCGCCAUCGACGUCCACAUGACAGACAUCAUCUCCGGCCGCGUCUCGCUCUCCUCCUUCGUCGGCCUCGCCGCCUGCGGCGGCUUCUCCUACGGCGACGUCCUCGGCGCCGGCCAAGGCUGGGCCAAAUCCGUCCUCCUCCACGACACAACCCGCAACGAGUUCCAGUCCUUCUUCAACCGCCCCGACACCUUCGCCCUGGGCGUCUGCAACGGCUGCCAGUUCCUCUCGCGCCUGUCGUCCCUCAUCCCCGGCGCCUCGCACUGGCCUACCUUCGAGCGCAACGCCUCAGAGCAGUACGAGGGCCGCGUGGCAAUGGUCCGCAUCUCCGACCCAGACCCCUCAAACCCCUCCGUCUUCCUGCACGGCAUGCACGGGUCUUCAUUCCCCAUCGCCGUCGCGCACGGAGAAGGCCGCGCCUCUUUCACCGCGUCGUCGACCGACCCUUCUUCCUUCGUCGCGAAGGGUCUCGCCCCCGUGCAGUUCGUCGACAACGCUACCCUCACCCCGACCAUGAAGUACCCCUUCAACCCCAACGGCAGCCCCGAGGGUAUCGCGGGUAUCCGCAACGAGAACGGUCGUGUCAUGGCGAUUAUGCCGCAUCCCGAACGGACGGUUAUGAAUGGGAUUGCUAGCUGGUUGCCUGCUAAGGCUGAGGAGUGGGGUGAUAUUGGCCCAUGGGGACGGAUCUUCUUCAGUGCCAGACGCUGGGUUGGUUAG